CCAUCUUAUUUACAAAUUCACUUCGUUCGUUGCGGCGGAUAUCUACAGAAAGUGAAAGAAAAAUAUAGAAAAAAUGUCUUCAGGAGUUACCAAGCAACAAAUUCUAUCAAUGUACAGAGUCCUUCUGAGAGAAGCUGACAAGUUUCCUAACUACAACUUCAGGGCGUAUGCAUUGAGAAGAGUAAAAAAUGCGUUCAGAGACAACAAAACGCUCACAGACCCUAAACUAAUAAAAAAACAAUAUGACUUUGCCACGGAGAACCUUGCUGUUAUUAAACGACAGGUUCUUGUAGGAGACUUAUACAAAACAGAGAAAUUGGUCAUCGAGAACUGAAAUCAAAAAGAAAACUAUGAAGUAUGAAAAAAUACAUCACAUACACUGGUUUACCCUUUAUUUUCUACAGUAAACAAUAUACAGAUCUUUGUCAAAUAAGUUUGCUAAUCUGAAGUUGCAGCUAGUGACUUCAUGAUCAAUAUGUAUGAACAAAGACUACAGCGCUCGUCAGAUAUGUUUGCCUCUCUGAAGUUAUUUGAUUGCUCGGGCAUGCACAAUAUAAAGUUCAUUGCCAAUUUCACAGCUAUCAUUUUUACCCCACGUCGACAUUAAACUAAGCUGAAUACAUUUUAAAAUUAAGUUCUGAUACUCAAAUAUUAUUCUUAUGUUAUUGUUAUUCUUAGGGCCGAUUUUUCAAUCUCCAGAUAACUUUUGAAAGGGGUAUCGGGUUGCCCGGGUAACUGGGUUGAGGGAGUCAGAUAGGCAGUCGCUCCUUGUGGCACACUGGUACUCAACUACAUCCGGUUAGACUGGAAGCCGAUCCUAACAUAGUUGGGAAAAGGCUUGGGAAAUGAUGAGAAGUUAACUGAUGAUUGAAAAAUUGAUUUUGCCCUCAAAAGAAGUAGAGAUAGUAAAAAAGACAAUUUUAAAUUUUGGCCGCUAUGUAUACGUUAAAAUAACUUGUUUUUUUUUCAACAUAAAUUGUUAUAAAGAUUAUCUUCUAGCCAGGCUAUCUGUCCUAAAUGAAUAUUCGUUUUUAAGACUAGUAUAUUUUAUGUAUCCUUACUUACGUAUAACGUAGGUGUAUUAAAAUAGUUUUUGUUUUGUAUAAAUUGUGAAAAUCUAUGUAUUACCACAAUGCAUUUCUGUUAAUUGUAAUGAAUAAUUAAAUUGUAAGGUUUAUUGUUAGUUUUUAGUGUAAAUAAAUUAGAUUUGAGAAUAA